UUGUUAAACAUUUUGAAUGGAGAUUAUGUUGUUGCCCUACUCCCGACAGGUUUUGGGAAAAGUUUAAUUUAUCAACUAUUACUGAUCGUCAGCGAGAAACUGUGUGCAGUACAGCUUGACGUGCACAACAAUCGAGAUAUCAUGGAAGGAAAUUUCAUUGUUCACAGUUAAUGGUGGAGGACGCGUGGGCAAACAUUCUUUGGUGACGUUCCUGAUUAACCAGAAAAAAGGUGAGCCCUCGGCGGUUCCAGCUGUGGACUAUUGGUUCCAUCAGAGUGAGGGGGUUUGAGACUCGGCUUGCGUGAGUCUCCAGCAGGCUGUGCGGAGACAUCAAGAUCAAGCCAACCAACAUCGCUCUGACCCCCCUGAGUACCAACCUGGCCCAAAGGUUUGGCUCUCCACCCAGGAUAUCCGCCUCCGUCAGCCUUGCCAUAAGUUGAAUCCUCGUUUCAUCGGCCCCUUCACUGUACAGAGGCAGCUGAAUAAAGUCACCUACAGACUCAACUUACCACCCGAAUACAGGAUCUCACCUUCCUUUCAUGUCUCCCUACAAUAAUCCUUCACUGACCCUGUUUCUCAUUCAUCCACAGAUCCUGACACCACAGCUGUGUCUCCUUCUCCCGUUCCUGUGGCAGAGGAGCCCAUCUACCGAGUCCGCAACAUCAUGGACUCCCGGCGGCGAGGUCCUCGAGUGGAAUCCUUAGUGGACUGGGAGGACUACAGCCCAGAGGAAUGGUCGUGGGUGCCCCUUGAGCACAUCUUGGAUCCCACUCUCUUCAUUCAGUUCCACCAUUAUCGUCCGGCUCCCAGGGCCCAAGGUAGACCUCGCCGCCAUAUUCCCCCCUCUCAACAGCCGUCAAGAGCCGCCUGGGGAGGAGGGAGUACUGUCAGGAUCCCAUCACCAUCAACAUCAUCAGUCACUCCUCCAACUCGUUCCCUCUCCCCUGAAUUCUAAUCACGUACACCUGUUUCCCAUCACCAUACCCCUUUAAAUAUCUCUCUGCUCCCUUCACUCCUUAUCUGGUCUCAUCACUUAUGGACACCAAGAGGCUGUUUACACUUGGCAUUAACAUGCGUUUUCGUCGAUCGGAUCACAAGUGGACGAAGUUAAUGCCAGGUGUAAACGGUGUUCAAAACGUUUUGAACGCGUCCACUUUCGACCACUUUCAACCACAUCCAGAGGUAGUCGAAACCACUUUCGAUCGGAUCGCUUUGGAGUUGCGGAACGCAAAUGUGGUUGAAUGUGUUCGAACAGCCACACGCGACCACCUUCUCUCCGCCCAUUUAUCUAAUCUGAGGUAUUAAACACAAGUUUUACGUCUUUUUUUGACUUCUGGCGUGAACAUACGGUGAACAGCGCUAUUUUUAGUCUUUCAUUGAUAAAACCACUGCGGGUGUUCUCCGUAGUUUCGUUUUGAAAGCGUGAAAGUUGCGUGAUCCUAUUUCAUCAAUUGCACUGAAAAUUCAGAGAAAGCUCCAACAUAUAAACGUACAAAACACUGUGCAGCAUGUAUACUUGCUAAACAAGCAGCGGACUUCGACAUAAUAUUAGUUUGCGUCCAUAUAAACUCAUAAUUACUCCCGCUCGCGUGUGAAUGACAGCAGAGAGACUCGCCCACCGUCUCACAGACCACCCCCUCACAGUAUUCAGGACAGAAGCGUUCGAAAGUGGACAAAAGAGACGGAUUUAAAUACCAGGUGUAAACGUAAUGUGUCUCUCUCGUCCACUUGUGAUCCGAUCGAUGAAAACACAUCUUAAUACCCAGUGUAAACAGCCCCCAAGACUCACUCGUACUACUCACCUUGGACUUACCUUCUCCUCCUUGUUUACCCUCCGGGAAUCCUCUGAUCAUCUCCUGAAAUAGAGACAUUGUUAUUUUACAGCUAUGUGCAUUCCAGAAACUUUACUUAUCCUAUUUACUCACAUAUUGUUUCUCUACUUCAGUGUGUGUUCCAAUAAAGUAUUAUAUCACUUACCUUCAGUCUACUUCCUGGCUAUGAGUGUGACAGUGGGACUGUAAGUCAGACUUGGUGACUGCAGCACUUGGACUCUAUGCUCUGAUUUGAAGAUCGCUUUCUGCAAUAAAGGCUACAGCUCAAAAAAUCCAAGUCUUCUGGUUUUCACUAAAAAGUAGGGGUGUCCUCGACUAAGGAUUUACAUAUUCGAAUCAAAGUUUUCGAAUCUUUCCAUAGUCGACCGAUAGUCGAAUCAUCUAUGUUUGUGUGCAUGGGUUGGGAGGGGGCCAGACCAGGUACAAAUUGGUAACUUUUAUUUUCUUUCACAAGCAGCACACAUAAACAACUGUCUGAUAAAGUGCCCAAAACUGUCUUUCAAGUAAUAAACGAAGACAAAACUGAGGAUGCAUUUAUAUAUUUUUUAAGGUAAAAUGUAAGGCAACAUUUGUUUAAUUAUUCCUCAUAACAUUUUAAAGCCACGAUCUACAGAACAUCACACAAAAAUACAUUUGAUAACUAAACCUAAAAAAAUAACAAAUGUGAUCCUGCCUUGGAAACUCCGGCUACAAUUCAGUGUUUUUAUUUAAUUUGGAGAUAGCGCGUCAAAGCAGUCAUGACCAAAAAAAACCGACAAAUGAGAAAUGACAAAUAAUUUGUGAUUGUGACUGUAAAUUAUAAAAACUAAUCUUUAUAUACAAUUCAUUAAACUUUAAUUAAUAACAAGAAAAACACUGAAAUUAAGGAUUUUAUAGACACUACGCGUUAUUAUUUAGCACAGAAAUACCUGCUUGCUUGCUUUGACUUUGAUCAUCUCUGUAUUAACUUUAGAUACUAAAAGACCGGAUGAUAUUAUUUAUUUCAGGAAUCUCUUUGCUAUCAUUUGAAAGUGAACACCGACUGACCAUAAUAUUAAAUCACAAGAAAGACAUUCGUGUCAGGCAGAAAUAGGUUCGGUGCAGAUACUAAUUUCCAUUUCAUCACCGAAAUAAAAAAACGGCUUACCUGUUUUGUAGUUUAACUUUAAGAUAGACAAUAUAACCACUCUGUUUUAAAUACAUUUUAAAAACUUCUACUCGUCGAAAAACAUCCGUUUUUUAAUGUUUAGUUUGAUGAACUCCUAAAUAUGAGACGGAUGCAGAGCACCUAGCCCAGCACAAUAGCGCAACAUCGAUACAACGCAAGCUAUCCAAAAUUUACAUACUUAAAUUAGAUCGGAAUUUACGUUUAUAAUAAAUACAAUUUUUUAAUAAAAUAAGGUCAGAAGUAACAAAGUGAAGAACAAAUAUGCAAAAUGCCUCAAGUGCACGGAAACAAAACACAAGCCAAAUAGUUAAAUCAGAUAACCCAAAGUGAUUUAUAAAUAAAAUAAAAUAUAGAAAUUAUUAAAAGAACGAAUGGCGUAAUAUAAUUUGCCAGCUUUGUCUUUUAAAUGUCGAAACAAAGAGGCAAGGCUUUAUUAACAUAGAGACCUCUUAUGGACGUGAAGCCCGGUCACAGGGGUUGUUGGAUUUAUUAACGCAUUUAAAAAAUAUUUAUUGAAAGCUGUUGGUAUGUAUGGCCGGGUUGCGAUUUUGGCGCUAUCGUAAGUCUUAUGAAUAGUAUGCCAUACAGACCCGUUUGCCACUGAACCUGCAUUAACGACGACAGUGGGGCUUCCGGCCUUAGUCAAACGGGUUAACACGUAUGGUCGGGUUGCGAUGGUUUUGGCGUUUUCUCCUGGUCCUGUAAAUGGUAUACAAUAUAGACCCGUUUGCCACUGAACCUGCAUUAACGACGACACGACAGUGGGGCUUUAGGCCUUAGUCAAACGGGUCGUCAGGUUUCAUUUUCUCUUAAAGAUCGGAAGGUGACCCUUAUUUACCAUAUAUACCCUCGCAUUGGGCCCCCAAUUUGCUAAAUCCUCAACUGUGGAUAACAUAAUUAUGCCGCAAUAUUUAGUCUGUCUGGAACUAAGCUGAGUUAAACCACAUCACUGUGUGACACUUCAAUACAUAUGAACGGCCGCUACGCUAAUACGAUUUUGUUUUUCUCUCCCUGUCUCGUCCUCGACCCGAGGACGAGACAAACAGACCCAGUCCCGGUAGAUGUGAAAGUCGGCACACCUCUGAUCUACUGGCUGUCCUUCAACGUUAUGCCCAGCUGAUGCCUGACCAACGAUCACCGGCAGAACCGCUUAAUCUCCGCUAAAUCUCCAUUUCCGUUCUCCCAAGGGUUUUUCCCUCCUAGGACUUAUUUUUCCUCGGAUAAAAGCCCGGGGUUUUUUUUUUUUCUCCUAGGGGGUUUUUCACCCCGGGGAGGCAGCCUUUUUGGGCUUUACCUAGCUUCCUCUUCUAUACGUUGCUUUAGUAAUACGUGCAAUUAUAAUAUUGAGUCAUAGCCGCAGCAAAUUUAACUGCUCAUGCUAUCAUGUAUUCUGUUGUGCUAUCUGUCGUUUUCUGUGCUUUUCACUGCUUCUAUUUAUGUAAAGCUGCUUUGAAACAAUUGACUUUUGUGAAAAGCGCUAUAUAAAUAAAAUUGAAUUGAAAAAAAAAAAAACUUCACAUAUUAUUUGCAGCAUUAUCAUAAUAUGCAGUAUAUUAAUAUAUUGUGAGAAAGCUGUUAUAUGUGAAAUCAUAUAAUGUGUGCACCCAUACGGCCAAAAUUGAUUGAUCCUCAUUUCAUAACACAUAUCUGCGACGAUUCGACUAUGAGAUUGGUAGUCGAAUCAGGCUUCUCCUAUCGAUGCAUCGAAUCUUCGACUAUUCGGGGUCACACCUACUAAAAAGGUUUCCAAACGUUUUCAUAAUGUUGGAAUAAGAAGUUUAAAGAAUGUCAUGAACAUACCAAAAUACCUUUGUUUAAAUAUAUCUUAUUAGUGUUUUGUUUUAUAAUGGUAGGCAGGGCUGAAUUGGUAAUCGGCAUACAGGGCAUUUUCUUGGUGGGCUGACAUACAAAGUAACACGUCAUAAACCUUGGUUGUAUGGUCAUGAUGUUCUUUAAAAGUCUUAUUUCAAGGUUUAACAGCUAAAGAAAACAUAUCACAAAUGUUGCAUUUUGGUCUGGUUUUGUUUUCGCAGUGAACAGAUUUUUAUGAUUUGUUUUUUACUACCUAAAGAAAAUGUACUAAUUAGGUAUUUUACAACAUUUAUAAAACGUCCUUUUUUCGUUAUUUGGGGUGUGAUUUUUAAAAGUUUUCAAAAUGUUGUACUGCAACAUUACCUAAUUACAAUGAAAAUAAAACGUUGUGAAAAGUUUGAAAAAAUUUUUUUUUUUUAAUCUGACCAUAUCUCUUUGUCCCCUGCUGAAAAAAAAAACAAUGAAACCAUUACAGGAAAUGUAUUUUUAUUGGUUCUUAUGGAAUAUGGCCCAAAACACACUACAGUGUAUUGUUUUUUGUUUGUUUCUAAUGGUAUGUAUUAGUUCUAUUGGUUCUAUGUAUUGGUUCUAAUGGAAUAUGACCAAAAACAUGGUGUUAAUGGUAAAAGCUAAUGGUUCCUAUUGGUAUUUUAAUGGAAACCAUUAGAAUUUUCUGUAAUGGUUUUAUUGUUUUUUUCAGCUGGCUCCUACGUUGUCCUAUCUUUAUAACUUUAAAAGCGUAAUGUUGUGUCUUCAUUCUUUAGCAAUUAUUUUCCCACCCCUUCUUUUCAUUUAGUUUACUUUAUAAAUUACUUGAUACAAUAGUUUGUGAUGUUUUCUGGCCAUAAUUGAGACGCGUACUUGUUUUACUUAAUCCAUUAUAAAGAUGUGAGCGUCUUCUCUCUCCAGUACAGCAGGAGGCGCUGCAGCUCUUUAGUCCGCAGAUAAACUCACUAAAGAAAGAAAGAAAGAGCGCGCGUGUGAUGUGUUUGUGUAUCUUCAGUGUUUUUCUCUCUUGUGUGUUUUAUUGAGUGUAAACAGAGUCUUGUCUCUGUGUAUUUAAGUGUUGAGACGUUGAUGAUGUGCUGUGCUGUAAAUGAGUAGGAACUGAUCUGUCCAUGCUGGAUAUAUUGAUGAUUUCAUCACAGAAACCUCUCAGCUGAAGAAAGAGGUGGCGUUACUGGAGACAAAGCUGAGGUCAAGAGGAGAUUUAGCAAUGAAUCGAGAGGAUGUGGAUUGUUGUGAAUCUUCAGUGUAUGUGACUGAUGAUGGGAUACUGGAUUCAGUGUGGAUGAGCAGAGAUCAGAGCCGCACACCACAGCCACUGCUGGACUCUAAACUCUCUGAAGAGAAAUCCAGACACACACAGGACUCCGAUCUCAGUCUGACUUUACUCUGUUAUACUGAGUCAAAGCCCACAGACACUCAGGACACUACAGUGUGUGACAGUAAACAGAGCUUACAGGAGGAUCAAACCUCCACAGAGUCUCUGGAUUCUGUCUGUAACGCUGGAGAACAGCAGCAGAUCCUGCAGACCACACUGAAGAUGUGUUCAGUUAAACUCAUCGACUGCAGGAACCUCAUGAUGAAGAUUAAAACUGAACCCACAGAAAUCAAAACUGAACCCACAGAAAUAAAAACUGAACACACAGAAGAGGAAGAUGGCACUGAGGAAGAAGAUGAUUUUAUUCCAUCAGAUGUGAAGAGUGAUUCAUGUUUGGAUAUAGAAAUAACGUCCUCAACAUCAAAAGAGCGACUGACAGCACAAACUCUUUCCUGCAUCACCUGUGGAAAGACAUUCAGCUCACAGAGACUUUUAGAGCGACAUGAGAGAAAACACACAGAACAGAAACUCUUCACCGGAUCUGAGAUCAGCUUUACUACCUUACAAGAGAAUAAACUUCAUUCAGAAGACCACAGAGAGAAGAAGAAGAAGCAGUUUCACUGUGAGCAGUGUGGAAAGAUUUGUGUCUCUUCCUCUGAUCUAAAUGUUCACAUGAGGACACACAGUGGUGAAAAGCCUUUCAACUGCACUGAAUGUGGAAAAUACUUCAAAACCAAACCAAAUCUUAAAGUUCAUCAGAGACUUCAUACUGGAGAAAAACCUUUCAAAUGCUCUCAGUGUGACAUGGCGUUUGCUUGUCCAAGUAAUUUAAGAGUUCAUCAGAGAGUUCACACUGGAGAGAAACCUUAUCACUGUAGUGUCUGUGGGAAGAGUUUUAGUCUAAAGUCUAACUUACUAAAGCACCAGAGAGUUCAUACAGGUGAAAAACCUUACAAAUGCUCUCAGUGUGAUAAGACGUUUGCUCAGUCAGGUCAUUUAAAAGCCCAUCAGAGAAGUCAUACUGGAGAGAAACCUUACGUCUGCACUCAAUGUGGAAAGCGCUUCUCUAAUUCAUCUCAAUUCAGAGUUCAUCAAAGAGUUCAUACUGGAGAGAAACCUUAUCACUGUAGUGUCUGUGGGAAGAGUUUCUUUAAUUUACCUCAAUUCAGAGUUCAUCAAAGAGUUCACACUGGAGAGAAACCUUACGUCUGCACUCAAUGUGGAAAGCGCUUCUCUAAUUCAUCUCAAUUCAGAGUUCAUCAAAGAGUUCAUACUGGAGAGAAACCUUAUCACUGUAGUGUCUGUGGGAAGAGUUUCUUUAAUUUACCUCAAUUCAGAGUUCAUCAAAGAGUUCACACUGGAGAGAAACCUUACGUCUGCACUCAAUGUGGAAAGCGCUUCUCUGAUUUAUCUCAAUUCAGAGUUCAUCAAAGAGUUCAUACUGGAGAGAAACCUUAUCACUGUAGUGUCUGUGAGAAGAGUUUUAGUCAACUGGCUUCAUUACUAAGUCACAUGAGAAUUCAUACAGGUGAAAGACCUUUCAAAUGCUCUCAGUGUGACAAGACGUUUGCUUAUUCAGGUCACUUCAAAGUCCAUCAGAGAGUUCAUACUGGAGAGAAACCUUAUCACUGUAGUCUCUGUGGGAAGAGUUUUAGUGUAAAGCAUACCUUACUAAAGCACCAGAGAGUUCAUACAGGUGAAAAACCUUACAAAUGCUCUCAGUGUGACAAGACGUUUGCUCAGUCAGCUCAUGUAAAAGUCCAUCAGAGGGUUCACACUGGAGAGAAACCUUACGUCUGCACUCAAUGAGUGCGUUUACAUGAACAGUCUUACGCCGAUUAUGCUUAAUAAACUGAUAACACGUGGGGUCAUGUUAACGCGUAAAGCGGUUUUCUUUAAUCGGGGAAAGCACAUAAACAGCGUAAGCAAAAACCGAUCGGCACAGGUAGUUUUUUGCUCAUUACGCCGAUUUCGCGUGGCAUGUAAACACCUUAACCGGCUUUCUCACGGUUUUGUCCAUGUGCGCAUGUCUCCGUGUAUGAAAGAUAAACGUCACACGCGGAAGCGCAAGGUAACGCAUAAAAGUCUCCGCUCGACUAAAGCAGUUGGCAGAGAAACUGUGAAAAUAAAAGCUCAUGUUACAUUUACAGGUUUUGCAGACACGAGGAGAUAUACAACAAUAAGUAAUACAGAUAUGUCGUUGACUUUUUGAAAGACUAUUGUGUACUAUAGGUGGUGACAUCACUGCCUGCGAGAAAACUGAUAAUUUUUCAAGUCCCAUGUAAACGCAGUUGUCCGCAUAGCUGGCUUACUGACUUGCAUGUAAACACAUGAAAACAGUUUUCUGUAAUAAGCAGAUUUUUGAUAGAUAUCCGCUUAUUCUGUGCAUGUAAACAUACUCAAUGUGUAUCUCAAUGUGAAUCUCUAAUUCAUCUCAAUUCAGAGUUCAUCAAAGAGUUCAUACUGGAGAGAAACCUUAUCACUGUAGUGUCUCUGAGAAGAGUUUUAGUCAAGGGUCUUCAUUACUAAGUCACAUGAGAAUUCAUACAGGUGAUAAACCUUACAAAUGCUCUCAGUGUGACAAGAUGUUUGCUUCUUCGUCUAACUUAAAAUCCCAUCAGAGAGUUCAUACUGGACAGAACCUUUAACUUUCCCUGCCAGAAAAAAGUUUCUAGUGCCAGCAUUUUCAUGAUUUUCACAAAAGUUUAAUAUCUUCCAGAAAACGUACAAUAUAUCAAAUGAAAAAACAGACCCUCUGCCUUAAAACAAAAAAGACGUUUCAUCCUACCUUCAUUACUUUUCUUGUAAUCACUUCUCAAAUAGGGGUAGGUUUCUUGAAAAACACAAAAUGUUGAGCAAAAAGCUGAGAUAAUUGCAUUUUUGUAAAGGACUUUUGAUAGAGAUCCAAUUUAGAGCGAUCCAUAAAAACAUACAUGGACAUACAGCUGUUUGUCCUAGGGUAAUACUUCUGAGUUGUAUAAGUUGCAAAAGAGCACCACCUGGUGGAUAAUAGGGGUAUUGCGGAAAGCCAGAAUUACUCGUCAUUGGCAGGGAAGCAUUUUUUUCACUACAGCAAUGGUGAACAGACCAUGGAAAACCGGAACGUGAAUAAUAGACUGAGGAGAAGAGCAUCUAAAUCGCUAACAGAGGGGUGUGUGGUGUGCUGCUUUUGGGCUUCCAGGGCCACUUUUAGGCUGCAACUAAACUUAUAUGAAUGCAGGUAAAGGCGACAAUGUGAUAAACAAACUGGUUGGGUUUAGGGAAAGGGUGGGUUUAGAUGCUCCAACAUAUCUUUAAAACCAUAAUUGUUUAUGAAACCAUUUUUAUUUUUACAAAUGUAGAAAAUAAAAUGCAUUUAAUCUGAUGUAUGAGGCAAAGAACCUUAAAACGUAACCACAGGUCAUAAAAGCUUUGGCCGCUAGAGGGCACUAGGUCCCUAUCUGUUGUAUUAUGGUGCAUGCAUAAACAAACUAUUAGGUCGUAAUUUUUGGAGGACAGCAAACAUACUGUAAUUAGGGAUGCCACAAUUCUCAAUACAUUAUUGAAUCGUUCGGUUCGACACCCACGGUGCAGUACGCGCAUGUGAAUUGUGGUUUUUUUGUUUGUCCAUCCAAAUCUGUCAGUUCUAUAUUCCAUGCACUUUUGUUAAUGUGCGGUUAUAUAGACGGUUUCAGCAAUAACAACAUAAACAAGCGGCUGUCGCGGUACGCACGUAACUUCCGGUAAACUCCGCUAAUAAUAAAUAACAACAAAGUACUUUAAACGUAGUUUAUUUAUAUAACAAGCAAAAAAACAACAACACAUUGAUUACCUAGGAAACCAAAACAUUUGUUAUUUUAGACGAGGCAUUUGUUCAAGAGAUCAGUUUAGCAACUAGUCAGACCAUUAAAAAAAAACAAAACCGGAAGUAAAGUUCGGAUCCAGACGUGAAUCGCGUGCGUGCGAUGAAACCGUCUAUACGACACAGCAGGUGUGUUCGACUUCAUGCGGCGCUGCGCAGACCGAUCGGCGGCUGACUUGAAGCAGUGCAUUUCCGGUUAGUAUUUCUGUCCGACUUAAGCUGGCGCUGCAUAUGGUUUUUAUGUACCGCGAGAGCGGUUCGAGAUCAGCCGCCUGAGUUAGCCAGCGCAGUUCCCGAAGAGGAGCUGCACGGGCUGUAAUGACGACACAGCUGUUUCAAGAUUGGUCGGAUUCACCACAUGACAACAAUCACGUGUGUUUCGUGUGUAUUUUCACGCCCUCAGUUCCACAAAUGCUCACAAAUCUGUAUUUUUAUAACAGUUAAAGCUCUUUUCAUGUAGUCGCGAUGUUAUAUUGUGUCAUCUUCAUCAAAAUAAAAUGGAUACAAAAAUGUAGACCCAACUACAUUGGUAUUUAAAUAAUUUAUGCUUCUGUUAAACUUUAUUCUUGUAAAAACAGAUGCUGUAAGCCUCUUCAGUUCCACUCAUGCUCAUACACGGACAUUCAAAACAGUAUAAUUCACUUUUUAUGUAGUUUACAUCUUACAAAUCAUGUUUAAUGCGAUUAAGCAAGCAAACGGCACGUGAUCAGCCAUGCCUGACGUAAAUGCAGCAAACUACGGGAACCACAGCGCGUCCGACUUCACGUCUCCGUUUUUAGCUCCUCCCCGCCUGCACGCGGCUAAUCUCGCCGAUCGGUUACAUCCAGCCACAGCCGAUGUCGAACACACCUAGCGAGUUGAUAUCCAGUCACUGUGUGCUACCUGCGUUAACUCUGCUUGAACUCUGCUUGCAAUGCUGGUGUCAGAUUUCAUUCGCGUGCGCACAAACCCAACAGAAAUACGUCAACAAAAAGCAGCAGAACGACUGUCUUUUAAAUCUGAGGUGUGGAUUAAUUACUUGCGCGUGUAGAUUACAUACAACAUCAAUGUAAAGAUGCAAAUUCGCGUGGGGCAAUGUGAAUGACGCAAAUUGGGCUUGUUAUUGAUGCAAACGCGCGUUAUUUGCCUCAAACACGUCUUCCGUCCUCAAAAAGCUCAACUCAAGAAGAGAAUGCGCCUGAUGCUAAAAAUAAAUCCCACCAGUAAUCUUGAUUGAGGAACGCAUUUUUGGUUUCUACACAGACAGCAUGUUGUUGGAUUUAACAGUAGUGCAGUAAGGUAUAGCCUUAAUUUACAAUGUAAAGUUUAAUUUACUAAGUAUAGGUAUAUAAAAUGGCCAAUUUAUGUAAUGUAAUGAAUUCACAUGUUCCCCAGUUUGAAUAGGAUAUCAUUUUUAUAUGUCUUUAUUUAAUUAUAUCUUAUAUAAUUGUAUCAAUACACUAGAAAUGUUUAAGAUGAUUUUGCAUUUACAUAAAAUAAAGAGAACUGCAAUUAAAACCAGUAUUUUUGCUUCUUAACAUCUCACUGUUCCAGUUUCCUAAGCAUAGAAUAAUUAAAAAACACUUUAAUAGGCCAAGGCAUCAGAACCGAAACCGAACAGAAAACCGUGGACAAGAACCGAAAAUUGUAUUGAACUGUGAACUAAGUGUAUUGUUGCAUCACUAGUUACUAUAUACAGUAGUGUUGUUUUUCAUUUUUUAUUGACACAUUUAUAAUUUUUAUAUAAUCUCUUUUAUAAACUCUUUUGUUAUGUGUCAAACUCGUUUAUUUUAUGUUGUGUGCUAUGUGAUUUUAAGAAUUGGUUUCAAAGUCUUAAUGUCAUGGGACCAUAAUGUCAUUUAUUGUCCAUUAACUUGGCUUGGAUAGUAACACACUGAGAAAGAAAGUGUUCAGAUUAUUCAGUAAAUGCUUUGUUCAUUUUUCUAACAAUUACGUCUUCUGACUUCUGCUAUAGGCCUAUAUGCAAGCAUGUCACACUUUCACUGCACAGACACCAUAUAUUGUAUAACAGGUUUCUUUCUACUUUAUUAUUAGUAUUUUAAUGAUAAUCACAGUUGAAUGUAAUGUUGUAAAAAAACAAAGUCAUUGUACAGCUACAGUAUACAGAUGAAAAUAAAGGCUUUAAACUUCAACUGCA